GGAAAAGGAAAAACCCUAUCAAAGAGAAACUAUAUUGGGGCGACCUUUUCGGUUCUCUCAAAAAUUGCACCGUCGACUUGGCCAUUGAAAUGUUGAAGAAACGGAAAGUAAAAGACCGACAAAGUCGACUGAAAUACGCAUGCUUGGCUAUAACCUCGUUUGUACUACUCCCAACAUCACACUUUCCUAGAAUCUUACCAAACCACGUCGAGAUGAUACGAGAUUUAGAUGAAUUCAUGGCGUACCCGUGGGGGAGGGUAGCCUUCGAGAUGCUUGUUCAAGGCAUUAGGUCUAAGGAUGAAAUCCUGCUCUCGCAAGCAAGCGUGGCCAUGAGAGGAUUUGUCGAUGCUAUACAACUUGUUUUCGUAGCGGCUGUGCCCCAGCUCAAAGAGGUUGUUCCGAAUAACGAACCUGCAGUUUUGGUUGAGUCUGAUAGCGAGUCAGAAAAUGGGUCGCAGGAGACUGGAAGACCUCAGGUGAAUCCACAGGAGUUAGCAACGCCACAGAAACCCAUUCGUUAUUGUGUGAAUCCUGGGCACGCCAGAGAACUAGAUGAAGGUUGCCAGGUCGAGGUCAUUUCAAUGCUACAAGAGCCAACUAUGGGGGAAACUGAUUUUGGCUGGGAUGAUGAGGUAGAAGACGACCUUGUUGACAAUAUGGUACGUCUUAUCGAGGAGAAACAUAUAUUUAAGAAGUCCAUGUUCGUGGGUGGGACUACAGCGAGUGAUCUGUCUCGUAUGAAGCUUGAGAAGAAACAAAAAGACAAUGAAGCCAAGGAGAAAAAGGAAAGAGAACCGCAGGUCGACCCAACAGAGCCCGAGGUUGUAGAAGCGGUUAACACAAACCAUCUUGCCCAAAUGGUUGGAGAUAUUGUCAAUCAGAAAAUUGAAAAUCUUGCUGACAGAAUCUCUCAGCAAGGCGACAAAAUAGAGGAGAGGCUUGUAAAGGCUAUAGAAGAACAACGCCUGAAGAUGCAGGGUGAAGUCAUUGAAAGCAUUUUGGAUUUUCUUAGAAAGUCAAACUCCAAUGUCGUGUUCGGAGAACAACUCCAUUGCGAAGGUCCACAGUUUGGUAAAGACGCCUCUCAAGAAAAGUUUAAUGAUAAUACAUCACCUCCCUGGCCUCCUAUUGUUCCCCCCCAGCGCUCCCACUGAUGAGGCCGACAAUGUGAUUAAUAAGGUGAUAUCAGAUAUUGGAAAGUCCACUAGAGCCCAGCAGCAGGCAAUCCUCACCAAAAUCCCUAACCAGCCUGUUGGCAACGAAGACGCAGCCGUAGCACGCAAGAAAAUGGUGAACAAUAUGGUAGAGGAGGAAGGGUUACGCAACAUCACUGCGCAUGGAACCACCACCAGCCCACUUACCAAACAUGUGGACGAGUCAUCUGGGGAUAACCCUGAGGAAAUGCAAGUGCGAAAUGAUUAUGAAGUUACUCUACCCCCACUGUGCAUGGAGGCGAUGGACAGCACAACACAGUUCUCGAGGACCCGUACG